AUGGAGUCCGAGCCUCAGCCUGAGCUUGAUCUUGAACCCGUCACACUCCUGGUGAAGAGCCCCAACCAGCGCCACCGCGACCUGGAGCUGAGCUGCGACCGCAGUUGGAGCGUGGGCCACCUCAAAUCCCAUCUGAGCCGCGUCUACCCCGAGCGCCCGCGUCCAGAGGCCCAGAGGAUAAUUUAUUCUGGAAAGCUGUUACGGGAUCACCAGUGUCUCAGGGACUUACUGCCACAGCAGGUAAAACGGCAUGUUAUGCACCUUGUGUGUAAUGUGAUGACACCAUCAAAAACCCCGGAAACCAGCACACAGGUUGCUGAGUCCACAGAGCAGCCCACUGGUCUCAAUCAGGGAGCGUAUCCCGGGGACUCCUCAAGUGAUGGCUUAAGGCAAAGAGAGGGUCUUCGAAACCUUUCUCCCUCUGGAUGGGAGAACAUCUCUAGGCCUGAGGGUGCCCUGCAGACAUUCCAAGGCCUGGGGCCUGGUUUCUCGGGCUACACGACGUACGGAUGGCUGCAGUUCUCCUGGUUCCAGCAGAUGUAUGCCCGGCAGUACUACAUGCAAUAUUUAGCGGCCACUGCUGCAUCAGGGGCUUUCGUCCCUCCACCCAGUGCCCAGGAGAUCCCCCUGGUCACUUCACCUGCUCCGGCCCCAAUUCCGAACCAGUUUCCAGCUGAGACCCAGCCAGCCAAUCCGAAUGCUGCUCCUCAAGUCGUGGUCAAUCCCGGAGCCAACCAGAAUUUGCGGAUGAAUGCCCAGGGCGGCCCGCUUGUGGAGGAAGACGAGGAGGUGAACCGGGACUGGUUGGACUGGACCUAUUCAGCAGCGACCUUCUCCGUUUUCCUGAGUAUCCUCUACUUCUACUCGUCCCUGAGCAGGUUCCUCAUGGUCAUGGGUGCCACCAUGGUCAUGUACCUGCAUCACGUUGGGUGGUUUCCAUUUAGACAGAGACCAGCACAGAACUUGCCGAAUAAUGGGCCUCAUUACGACGCUGUGAACCAGGAUCCCAAUAAUAACCUGCAGGAUGGUUCCGAUCCCGAGGCUGAAGAACCUAACCACGUGCUGCUGUACAGGGACGUAGGCGAUGAGCGGCAGACCAGCCCCUCGUUUAUGAGCACCGCAUGGCUUGUCUUCAAGACUUUCUUUGCCUCUCUCCUUCCUGAAGGCCCCCCGGCCAUAGCAAACUGA